CCAUCCGUCUGAUAUCUGUCACUCUCGCUCUCGCUCUCGCUCCUGUUCUCCUCUGAAUGCUGAAGGGAGAGAUUAGAGGUGCGGCUUUCACAUUCUCUCACUCUCUGACUGAGAUCUGACAUUGGAAGCUGUCCUCUGCCUGACCAGACACGGUUAUAGGUCCAUGACGCGCUUGCCUCUGAAGCGGCAGGGUUUACCUAAGGACGACGAUUCGGCCGCAGCCGACGCCGGAGAAUCAGCAGCAACUGAGAAUUCUUCUUCUUCCGUAGGAUCCGAGUCGCUUCUAACUCCGUUGUCGGCUGCGGCAGCUACAGAAACUGAUAACAAUUCCAAAGAUAAGCCUGUUCGUGUUUAUGCCGAUGGCAUCUACGACCUUUUCCAUCUCGGCCACGCUCGAUCGCUCGAGCAGGCAAAGAAAUUGUUCCCAAACACAUAUCUACUUGUUGGUUGCUGCAAUGAUGAGGUUACCCAUAGGUACAAAGGAAAAACUGUUAUGACUGAAACUGAACGAUACGAGUCACUUCGUCACUGCAGGUGGGUUGAUGAAGUUAUUCCUGAUGCUCCAUGGGUCAUUACACAGGAGUUCCUUGAUAAACACAAGAUAGAUUAUGUGGCCCAUGACUCUCUUCCAUAUGCAGAUGCAAGUGGGGCAGGCAAGGAUGUCUAUGAAUUUGUUAAAGCAGUUGGGAAAUUUAAGGAGACACAACGCACCAAAGGAAUAUCAACAUCAGAUAUUAUAAUGAGGAUUCUUAAAGACUACAACCAGUACAUAAUGCGAAACUUAGCUCGCGGUUACUCAAGGAAGGACCUUGGUGUGAGCUAUGUGAAGGAGAAACAAUUGAGAGUGAAUAUGAGAAUAACGAAAUUGCGUGAAAAAGUGAAGGAACAUCAAGAGAAGGUUGGACAGAAGUUGCAUAUUGUGGUCAAGACAGCUGGUAUGCAUCAUGGAGAGUGGGUUGAGAAUGCAGAUCGCUGGAUUGCAGGUUUCCUUGAGAAGUUUGAGGAGCGCUGCCACAUAAUGGAAACUGCCAUUAAAGACCGAAUCCAAGAAGGGCUGAGAAGGCAGCAAUCAAGAGUGAUGAUGAGCCUCCUCCAUGAUGAGGAAUCUUGAGAUGAAUGGUUUCAAGUCCUUUGUUGGAAAUGGAGGGAAAAAAUAAUAAACUUAGGUGCAGAGUCAUAGUUGGUAUAAUUUUCUUCUCUUAUGCUAUUGUGUGCUUGUAAAAUUGGUGGUGGUGCAUAUUCUGACAAUGGUAAUACUACGAUUCACUGCAUCUAGUCUACACCAUUGCAUGAAGGGGCUUGAGAAUUGUACCAGUAUCUUCAUCUAAUGUUUAGAUGUAAUUAAAUGUCUCAUUUCAUUGCUUCCAUUUGUUGAUUA